ACCAUUCCUCUCCACCCGUUUUGUCGUCCGCGGAUCUUAACGGCCAGUACCAAACUGUCGUCACUGGUCCCGCGCCGUCAUCAUGUCCGUCAUUUACAAAGACCGCGACGAACCGCGCACAUACACGACCGUCCGCCGCUACCGAGUACCAGACCGAGCCUUUGAAGAAGAAGAGAAUACCUACGAGAAACAGAUUGUCAUCAAGCGCGACCGCGAACAAGUCCCCCGAUAUGACCGCGAUCUCGAAUACCACACUCGUGAGCGAGAGGCUCCCAGAGAGGUCAUCCGCUAUGAAAGAAACAUAGAGCGAGCACCUUCUCCUCCUGACCGAGUCCGCGAAUUUCGCUUCGAGCGAGAAGUAGAGCGUGAGCCGCCUCGACGCGAUCACUGGGAUCUGGAAAGAUACACUCGUUCCACCGACUACUAUCAGCAACCACAACCCAUUAUAAUACGCCAGGAUCCACAGCCAAUCAUUAUCAAGGAGGCUCCCCGUCAGCCUGUCGUCCUCCAGCGAGAAGAGCCCCAUUACGACGAUCGUGAUGAUGCACAGAGAAGAAGGGACGAAGACGAUUACUACUACGAAAGGACCACUCGAGAGGUAGAUCGGGGCCCGCGUCGUGGUGGUGGUGGUGCUGCGUCCAACUAUACCGGCGAUCGCUACAGCAGCGACGAGGAUCUUGUCAUCACCCGCACAAAACGCACCGGCGGCUCGCGCGACCACUCACCCCACCACCGUCGUCACCUAGCCGAAGGCGCCAUAGCCGGUCUUGGAGCCGCCGAGAUCCUUCGCCAUCAUCGUCGAAAACAAGGAGAUGAGAGUGGUCAUCGUGGCCGCCAACUUCUGGGCGGCGCUGCUCUGGGCGCUGUUGGUGCCGAAGCUCUAAGCCGUGCUAGAAGCCACAUGCGAAGCUCUCGCUCGAGAUCAAUUUCCAGCGAUCGCUCCCACCGUUCCAGCCGACGUGAGAGACGUCGUCGCCAUCGCAGCAAGAGUAAGAGUAGAAGCCGCUCUCGCGCACGUACUUUGGCCAAAGUCGGCACAGUUGCUGCUGUCGGUGCUCUUGCUGCAUAUGCUCUUCGUAACAGAGGUAACAAGGAGACCGUCAUCGUUAACAACGAGGUUCCACCACCACGUCGCAGCCGAUCUAGAAGACGCCGUGCCUCGGUUGGCAGUGUUCCUCCUCCACUGGAUGCCAGAGACAGAAGUAGAAGCGAGAGCAAGCAUCGCGAUCCGGAGCAUCGCAAUCGCCGUAUUGCCCAGGCUGGUCUAGCAACUGCUGCAGCAGCUGGUAUCUUGGAUCGUGUUCGCAGUCGUUCCAGAGGCGGCAAGAAGUCUCGUUCCAAGAGCAGAAUCCGUACAGGCGUGCCGAUUGCUGCUGCUGGACUAGGUGGCGCUGCUGUCGCUGGCUUGUACGAGCGUAGUAAGGCUCGCAAAGAAGCUGUCAGAGACGACGCAUCCGAGUCUGCUCGUGCCAGAUCCAGGUCCAGGUCUCGCAGCAGAUCUGUUCCUUACCCUGAUGACGAACCUCGUCUACGCAGAGCUUCGAGUGAUCCCACGCUUAUAGAAUACGGCGAUGAUCCGAUCUACCCGCACCGACGCUACGAGGAUCCACCAGCUGAAUAUCGUCGCAGGCGCAGAGGCAGCUCCGCCUCGCUGAGCCCUGACAGACGCAGGCAUGACAGAUCAAGCCGCUCAAGGUCGAGAAGUCGCAGCCGGACUAGAGGUCUGGCUGAGGGCGCUGCGGCUGCCGGCGUCGCUGCUGUGGCUGCUCAUGAAUUGGGCAAACGGGAUGAACGUAGGAGAUCAGACCGAGAUAGAGACAGAGAGCGCAGACGCCGUGACGAAGAUGAAGACAUGUACGCACGCGACAGACCAUACUCUCCACCACCAAUGGGUGCAAAUGCUGCCUAUCCUCCAACACCUCAAAAUCAGGACUUCUACCCUGCCACCAACUCCUUCCCGCCUCCGCCGACCGACAACUACGGACGCGAGGCAGAUUAUCCUCCUCAUGAGUAUCCACCUUACAAUCCUGCCGAUUAUCCGCCACCUCCUGGAGCAGCCCCAGCUCCUCGUGGCAGACACAACGAUCGAUACAGUCCUGAUCCCAAUUUGGGCUAUCCUCCAGCCAAUGAGACUUUUGCUGGUGACACGCGCUACGCUGGCGAUACUCGCGGCAGGCCGGGUUCAGAACAUAUGGCCUAAACAAGAAGAGCGUACAGUUCAACGUGCCACCGGACGAGGGUAUGCACUCACCGGAUGCACAGAGAAAACCCAACCCUCGACAAACGGACCCAGGAACGGAUUAUUCGGAAAGCAACGGACAGGACGACAGAAUCAGAACAAGAAGCGAAUCAAGUAGUGACGGUACUACUGAGAACGAGCACAAGCGCAGAAGACGCAGACGCCACCGCUACCACGACGAAGACAUUGACGAACAACACGAACAACACGAACAUGAGAACGGCCACAAUGAUUCCCAGCAUCGUCGCCGCAGACGCCACAAGUCUCGCGAUUCU